CCCGUUACUGCAGGCAAAGAGUGACUUGUACCAGCCUUCUAAAGGCUGCCCUGUAGCAGCGACUACUGCUGGGUCAGGGCUCUGAGGAGGGACAUGUUAUGUACGACACUGCUGUCCAGCUGUAUAUCAUCCGACGAGAAAAGGUUCCACUAAAAUGUAAAAAGGAGGAUCAUUUCCAGUAAAGUUAUUCAGAAGAAGCAUUACACCUAAGAAAUAAUCCCAUUUCAUCAUGAAUAAAUUACAGAGCAAGCAGUGAGAGCUGGAGACCUCUAGAGCUCAUUGCAGGAGGAAGGUUUCUGCUAGUCGGCUAGAAACAAGCAGGAGGCUUAAGAACUGGUAAUCACUCAAGGAAAUUAAAGCAAGCUCUGCCAGGAACUCCCUCUCUCCUUAAGUAUACAUUCUCUAUUUGAGGAAUCAAGAUUUACCCAUUCUGUAUUUGAGGAAGCAAGAUUUACCUGUUACUAGAGUAAAGUUCAGAUGCAGCACUUGUGGAUUUCCUCUGCCUAGAAAUAUAGUGGGGACAAUAUAGAAAAGUAUCCAGACAGCAAAGCCGUAAAAAGAGGUUUUUGAUUUUGGACUGAGCUGUUCCCCUGGAAUCAGGGAUGGUUUUAAAUGUAUAUGAUAUCACUGACAGUUCUUUUACCUGCUAAGAUGCCCAGCGUUUUACACUAUAUUUGGACAAUACUUUGCAUUGCCGGAUUUUUGUGCCAUUUUACUAAUGGAAGUUUUAUGAAAAAUCAUCUGCGAUCAAGUUUUAUCCAGAGGAAAUUAAGUGGUAGAGAAAAGCGUGAGAUGCAAAGAGAGAUAUUAUCCAUCUUGGGGUUGCCUGGACGACCCAGACCUGCAAAUGGAGGCCAAUUCCCAUCAUCAGCACCCUUGUUCAUGUUGGAUCUUUAUCAUGCUAUGUGCAGUGAGGAAGAAGAGGAUGGAGGGCAAGGGGUAUCAAUGCCACUGUUCACUACUCUAAGCACACAAAUCCCUCCAUUGGGAGCAGUCAUCAGCGAGGCCGAUACAGUCAUGAGUUUUGUUAACAUGGUUGAAAAUGACAGAGACAUCUUCCAUCAGAAGCCAUACUGGAAAGAGUUUAAGUUUGACAUGACUCAGAUUCCAACCGGAGAGUCUGUGACAGCAGCUGAGUUUCGACUUUUCAAAACACGCAGUUUUUUACGGCAGUUAAACAGGACCCUUCACAUCAGCAUCUAUGAGAUACACCGAGAACAUGCCAAUCGACAGCCUGAGUUAACUUUGCUGGACCACGAGAGCUUACAGGCUGGGGAUGAAGGGUGGCUGGUCUUUGAUGUGACAGCAGCCAGUAACCACUGGUUGCUGAACUCAAAAUAUAAUUCAGGGCUGCGCCUCUAUGUGGAGAAUGAUGACGGACAGAGCAUUGAUCCAAGCUUGGCAGGUAUCUUGGGAAGACGGGCACCGCGUUCCAAACAGCCAUUCAUGGUUACAUUUUUUCGGGCAAGUAAAAAUCAGAUCAGAUCAACAAGGGCUAUAAAACAACUAAAAAAAAGGCAACAGAAAAAGCACAAUGAUCUUCCACAUCCCAACAAACUUCCUGGUGUAUUUGAUCAUGUACAUGUUCCUGAGGGCAGACAAGUGUGCAAAAGGCACGAGUUGUAUGUCAGCUUUCGAGAUUUAGGUUGGCUGGACUGGGUAAUAGCGCCACAGGGUUACUCAGCAUUUUACUGUGAGGGAGAAUGUUCAUUUCCACUCGAUUCCUGUAUGAAUGCCACCAAUCAUGCCAUCUUACAAUCACUGGUUCACCUUAUGAAGCCAGAAAGUGUUCCCAAAGCAUGCUGUGCUCCUACCAAACUCUCAGCAACAUCAGUCCUUUAUUAUGACAACAACAACAACGUGAUACUUAAAAAGCACCGGAACAUGGUGGUCAAGUCUUGUGGAUGCCACUGAACAAGAUGAAGGAUGUGGGGUUGCACUGAGGCAAAGAUUUUCUGAACAUAUUUAUGUUACUUGUUAAGAUUGUUACAUUAAAUUAAUCAUUCAAGAGAACAAAAUGCAAUGAUUAAAUGUGAUGAAAUAUAAUGGAAUAAAUUAUGAUAACUUAUUGUUAGGUCAAUUGUUAGCGGUAGGGAGUGCUAAACAAAGACAUUCAGCCUGUGUAUCUGACAUAAGGCCUUCAGUAUUAGCCCUGUUAACCCACUUCUUGCAACACUGCAAGCUACGAUUACAAUG